UCCGAAUUACACCUCUCGUCAUGCUGAGUGGUAAACUAAGAUGUGAUGUCGCUAUCGUCGCUGUGGAGUGAACGGCAUAGCCAAUAUAUUUUACCGUCAGUACCAACGGGAGUGAAAAGUACAUACACUGAUGAAAAUACAGGCUGUUUAGCGACGGUAGUGACAUCACACUUUACUUUACCAUUCAGCAUGACGGGGGGUUUUAUUCGGAGGAUAAUUCAUGGUACACACGCAAAAUUUUACUCACUUCUUUCAGACCGUUUAGUCUGUUCUCUGUGCUUACACUUCGGUUUGUCAUGUCAUCCAUACCAAAAUCAAUCUUUUUACACUCAGAUUUCAAUGGUAGAACACGUCAAAUGCCAAAACACGUCAAAAUACCGUGAAUUCCAUUAAAAAUCGAUAUGGGUCGACCUGUUAAAACGAUUGGGUUGGUUUACUGGUAUUCAUGUGUAAAGAGCAUUUGGUAUAUGAGCGUGUGAUUUUUUUUCAGUGUAAAAGGUUUAUGUAAUAAGAAUAAAAGAGAGGUGAAGAGGAGAAUGCAUUUUUCUACUAUUAGUAAAUGCUUCAACUAUAAACAACUUGACGAAUUCAAUGGUAAACACAAAUAGCUACGUCACUAUUUGGCAUCAUCUUUGAGCAGAGGGGCGCGUGCAAGUGUUAGUUAAUUUUCUCCUCACCUUUCUUUUAUACUCAUUGAGGUCUAUGCACUUGUGUGGCGGAGUAGCGGUGCAUUUGCAGCUGAAAAACGAACAGACAAAUGAAGCUACCCAAGCUACCCUACACUCAGUUGUCAUUUUUUGUUGUCAAACUAUUCUCGUGUUACACGAUACUGAGAAAGGGUGGUUCGAGUGUAGCUUGAAAGCAAAAAAACUAAAGGGACACAAUUGUUCACAGCAGAGUGUUUUUGAAGGAAAUUGUGGUAAUAAGAAGUUAGCUAGUGAACAAGGUUUGUUUUACAUACAUACAGCUCUUAUUGUAUAUACCUACUUAUCAACACGUGAGCAUGGAGAGCGGGGUAAGCUUGACAGCUUUUGUUGUCAGGUUGCCAGAGUGAUGCUAAACAUUUUCAUGUGUCCAAAAUCGGAGCAUAAAAAUGCUUUCUAUUUAUAGGUUAUCCACCAAGUUAAAAAGACAGUCGUUUGAGAUCUGCUCAAAAUUAUCGAAACUAGUGAUGUCUCGUGAAACGCACGUUAACGGAGUGGCACCUAUCGUAAACGAAAUGAGUGCUGAAAAAAAUGAUAAAUCUAGUAAAUAUAGUGAUUACGUAAAAUUUUUGGAACUAGUUGGUAAUUUGAAGCAUACCAAACGAACUGGAUGGGUUUUGCGAAAUGUUAAGGAUUGUGAAAGCAUAUCUGGGCAUAUGUACCGAAUGGGGAUGAUGUCAUUUUUGCUGGAUGGCAGUGUAGGCUUAGACAGGAUCCGUGUUAUGGAACUAGCAAUGAUACACGACCUUGCCGAAAGUAUUGUGGGUGACAUAACGCCGUACUGUGGAAUUUCAAGGGAAGAAAAAUUACUUCGAGAGUUUUCUGCUAUGUCAGAAAUUGCUGAUUUACUUGGGCCGUGUAAAGACAAGUUACUUGAACUGUUUAAUGAAUACGAAGAAGGCAAAACCGAUGAGGCUAAGUUCGUCAAGGAUUUGGACAGGCUCGACAUGGUACUGCAAGCAUUUGAGUAUGAGAAACGCGACAAUUGUCCUCUAAAGCAUCAGGAGUUUUUCGAUUCCACUGAGGGAAAAUUCAUCCAUCCGUUUGUGAUUAAUAUUGUGAACGAAAUCAACGCUCAACGAGCCAAGUUCGCUGAAAAUAGUGGAAACUGUACUGCAGACAGAUUGUCAUUCUUGCGCAAAGCGGCUAACAGUGGAGGCAGCAGAUGAUUCUGGCAAUGGAAUUUUAUGCGCCUAUUUCAGUAAUAGUUAUUGGCGUGUAUAUAUCAAUGAUGUGUAAUUUAUGUUGUCAAUGUGAUCUCAUCUUCGAUAACUGAAUCAUUGUGGUAUUUUCUGCGGGUGCUCAAUUGAAGGAAGAAGGUGUUAGCUAGUCAAUGCGAAAUGAAUAAGUGCUUUAGCUUAAAUAUUAGCUAAUUUUAUAUUCAAUUCAAUAUUUAGUUUAGUGUAACUUACGUGUACUGUGAAGCAGUUUAUUUUAAGGGAUUCUAGGCACAACUCAAUAGUAUUUCGCAGUCAAAAUAGACCCAAAAACAUUUUUUAUUUUAAUGUACCCAGAAUAAAACAACUUUAAUCCUUCAAAAUGUGA